AUGGCUUCUGAUUCGAAUACUACUGUAAGUUUUUGAAUUUUAGGUAACAAAGUAGCUGAAAAAUAAUAAUUUUAGGUAACAAAAAGGUUAAAAAUUAACAUUUUUAACCAAAACUAUCUUGAAAAACUAAUUUCUUAUGUAAAAUAAUUUUAUUUUAGGUAAUAGAAACCUUCCCACCCCUAGACUACACUCAAUAUGAAAUCACACAAACAAAUUGGGCAUUGGGCUUAGGAACAGCGAUAGGUACGAUACCAUUUAGUGAAGUGUACUCAAGGUAUGGGGCUAAGUACCCAUUCUUUGGAGCUUGCAUCUUAUCAGCAUUAGCAACCGCUUUAAUGCCAUUUGGAGCUGAAAGUCAUUUUGUUUGGCUUUUGGUUUUAAGGGUUUUGCAGGUAAGAUAUUACAGUAUCUUGUGGAGCAAAUUACGGUAGUUUUACAGUAGAGUAAGGGGUAAAAAAGUAAGCUAUAGUCUGGUAGGGUAAGAUAAGUUAGAAUAUGGUAGAAUAGAGCAAGACAGGAAGGGUACGGUAAAAAAUGUAAAUUAAGGUAAGAUAGGGUAAUGUAAGGUAUAUUAAGUUGCCAUAAAAUGCAGUAGGGAAGUUACGGUAGGUAAUAGAAUAGGGUAGGGUAAGCUAGGAUAGGGUAACAUAUGAUAGGGUAAGGUAGGGUAGGGUAGAAUGUUUCACUGUAGUAUAAGGAACGGCAGGUUAUGGCUGGCAAUGGUAAUAUAUUUAAAAUUAUUAUUUCAGGGCAUUGCCUUUGCGGCUGAUUUUGCAUCAGUGGGAUUACUGUGCAGUAAAUGGUCGACAGUGGAGCAAACUGGUCUUUUUAUAUCUUUAGUUACCAUAUAUUCACCUUUAUCAGUUGGCUUUACCAAUGUUCUCAGUGGAAUUGUGAGUUUAAUAUUUUUAAAAUGAAAUUGCGACUUUUUGGUCAAAAAUUUGAUAAAAAAUUGGAUUUUAGGUCUAAAAGUAGAUAUAUAAUAUAACUUUAGGUAAGAAAAAAAAAUAAAAAAAUAUUGUUUGGUCAAAAAGUUCAAGGAAAAGCUUAUAUUUUAACCUAUUUUGAUCAAAAAUGAUUUUUUUAGGUAUGCGGCUCAAAUCUAGGCUGGCCAAUGGUCUAUCACUUUCAUGCUGUAGUAGCUAUUGUCGCCGCUUCAUUUUGGUUGGUUUUCUACGAAGAUAGUCCAGCUAUGUCAUCAAGAGUGUCACCUAAAGAGCUGGAUCGAAUUCGAGAAGGAAGGGCCAAGAAAGAGCUGGAUUAUGGUGAACCGGCUCCUUAUGGGGUAAGAAAUGGCAUUUCUCGGCUAAAAUCUGAAAUAUUUUGAAAUUUUAAUCUUUUUUUUAAAUUUUUUUUCGAAAAAAUUUAAAAAUUUAAUUUUUUUUUAAUUUAUAAUUUAUUAAAAUAAUGCCAUUUCCAAUUCCAGAAACUCCUAAAAGACCCAAUAAUAUGGUCGAUUUGGUUCAGUGGCUCAAUGGAAGUGUUUUCGACCAACUUUCUAGCCAUCUAUGCUCCACUCUACAUACGAUAUGCUUUGGGAUAUACAGUAGAAUUUACUGGAUACUAUUCUGGAGUGGCAAGAAUGAUGCAAGUACCAUUAAGAUUGACUGUCGGCUUCUUUGGACAUAAAGUAACGUAAGGUCUUUGUAAAAUACGUAAUUCUGAAUUACUGAUUUAAAUUACGUAUAGUAUAUUUAGAAAGGGAAGGGGCAGUCAAAAUUAUUUUAAAAAAUCAGGGGUAUGGCAGGAUUAAAAAAGGGAAUAAAAAAGGGUGGGGGUAGGCGGAUUGAGAAAAAGUAGGGUAAAGCAAGACAAGGUAAAGGUAGGGUAAGACAAGCGUAGGGUAGGUCAAGGCAAGCGUAAGACAAGGGAAGGCAAGGUAAGGGUAGGUUAAAGCAAGGGAGGGUAAGAGCAGAGCAAGACGAAUCAAAAAAAGUUAAGGAGAGAGUAAGGCCAGGACAAGGCAAGGGUAGAGUAAGGGUAAGGCAAGGACAGGGCAAAGCGAGAAGUAAGAUAAGGUAAGUUAAGGUAAAAUUGGGGUAGCGCAAAAGAAGGUAAGGGUAGACCAAAGUAAGGAAUGAUGAUAGGAGCAAUUUAAGGUAAGGGUAGGGCAAGGAGAGUAUGGUAUGGUAUGUUAGGAAUUACUUUAUAUACACUAACUUAUAAUGACUUUAAAUAUUCUAGAUUUCUAUCUGAAAAGAACCGUAUAAUAACCUACAACACCAUAGCCCUGGUCGGUGGAGGCAUCUCAAUGCUUCUCACUCCUAUAACCUCUCACCACAUCCCCUUCCUAGGCAUCUUCUUCAUGUGUAUGGUCAACUUCACCACAGGCGUCUGUUCCUGUGGCUAUUGGCAAUCAGCCCUCUUAUACUCAAGACAACAUAGUCACUUCGUAAUGGCAGUGGUGCUAUUUUCAAAGUGUAUCAAUUUAUUCUUGAGCCCAUUAUUAGUGGCCAUAUUUGUACCAGAUGUGGACCAAAACUCCCAAUGGACAAUAAUAUUUGUGGGUGUGGGAGUGUUGAUGAUAUUGGCAGGGGUAAUCUUUAUUAAGUACUCUGAAGCCACCCCUGCCAAAUAUUUGGAGAAAAGUGAAAAGAUUACGGUGGAUUUUCCGAAGGAUGAAAAGCAAGAUACGAAAGAAGAUACCACGGUAACUAGUGGGAAUUUGAAAGUUAGUUCUGUUUAG